UAUAUAUAUAGCGUAUAGUAUCGGCUGACACAGUAUUGCGGAAAAAACAGAAACAGGCAAACAGGUGGGAACUGCGUUAUAAUUAAGAUUGUUUAUAAAAUCUCUGGAAAGCUGUGAACGUGCCUGGUAAAUUAAUAUUUUACGUUCCUAUAAUGUCGGUAGCAAAGAAUUGCGUUCAUCUAUUGAGUGGAUAUGAUAUGCCGCUUGUAGGAAUUGGGACCUAUAAAGUGAGAGGCCGUGAAGUUAUUAAAAGAGUCAUCGACGAAAGUUUUGCUGUUGGUUUUAGAUCGAUAGAUACUGCCGUCGUAUACAGAAAUGAAGAAGACAUUGGGUUGGCUUUGAAGGAGCUGCUACCAAAGUACAAUCUCAAGAGAGAAGAUAUUUUUAUAACUAGUAAACUUUCCCCAAGUGACAAUGGUGAUCCAGACAAAAUUCGAAAAUCUGUAGAAGAUUCUCUCAAGGCCCUCGAUACUUCUUACUUGGAUCUUUACCUCAUACAUUGGCCAGGAGCUUCCAGGAUACUAGAGAACUCGCCUGAUAAUCCCAAACUUAGAGUUACCACCUGGGCAACUUUGGUUGAGCUUCAACAAAAGGGAUUACUGAGAUCAAUUGGAGUUUCCAAUUAUACUGUUGGUCACUUGGAACACUUGUUGGAACAUUGCAGUGGUGUUAAACCAGAUGUUAACCAGGUCGAAUGUCAUCCCCAUUUUAGGCAAGAUGAACUAAUUGAGUUCUGUACAAAACAGGGAAUUCAUGUUCAAGCAUAUUCUUCUCUAGGAACUAGUGAUACCACUAAUCUAUUGGAAGAUCCAGUUGUGAAGAAAAUUGCUUCUGAAUUGAAUGUUUCACCUGCUAGAGUCUUACUCAAGUGGGCAUUGCAAAGAGGAUUAGGAAUCAUUCCAAAAGCUAUAAAAAGUGAUCACAUAAAAGACAACAUAAAACUUGAUUUUGAAAUUAGCAAGGAUCAAAUGACAUUGUUGUUAAGUUUGCCACAGCAGAAAUAUUCCUGGAAUCCUGAUAACGUUAAUUAAAAAUUUAAUUCACCUUUUUUUUAAUUUAACGAUUAUAAUAUUAAGUAAUUUAGUCAUCUAAAUAGUUUAACUAAUGCACAAUCUAGAGGAUGAAAUUGCAAAACUUUGCUUGGAUAAAUAUGCUUCUUUGAAAAAGACAGGCAAACCAUCUAACUGUGAAUGGACAGUUCUAUCUGGUAUAGUUUUGCAAAAUUCUUCCAAGGAACUAUGUGUAUUAAGCUUAUGUACUGGGACAAAGUGCCUUAGUGGGGUAGAAUUAAGAAGUACAAAGUGUAAUGAACGUGGUAAUAAAUUAAGUGAUUCGCACGCCGAGAUAUUAGCUCGACGAGCAUUUUUACGUUACUUGUAUCAUCAAAUUGAAUUAGCAAUUAGCAAUCAAAAGAGUGAUAUUUUUUAUUUGGAAGAUAAUGGUAUUAAAUUGAGGGACGUGUCGUUUCAUUUUUUCUCGAGUCAGACACCUUGCGGCGACUGCUCGAUAAUUCCGAAAUUAACGGGAGAAACAGAGGAUUUAGUUUGCCCACCUAAAAAAGCCAGAACAGAAGAUGAGUCACUUGCCUCACAAUUCGGUCAAGCAAUUGUAGAUAUUUAUCGAACCGGAGCCAAAUGCGUGGACAGCGACGAAAGACAAGAUCCUCAUGAAAAAGGUAUUAAUUAUCACACCGUUGGACCUUUAAGAACAAAACCAGGCCGAGGGGAUCGAACUCUGAGUCUCUCCUGUUCUGAUAAACUUGCUAAAUGGAACGUUAUGGGAGUCCAAGGAGCUCUCUUAUCUUUGAUGAUACCAACAAUUAAAUUUGAAAGCAUCGUAAUCGGUGGAGGUUGUCCAUAUUCUUUGGAAUCUAUGCAAAGGGGAAUUUUCCAAAGAUUUGAUCCCAAUAUCGGAGCUCCCGAGAUCGUUCAAUCCCAGAUAUCUUUUGAACAUCGAAAAAAUGAAUCAAGAACGAGACCAUGUCCUUCUAGCAUUGUCUGGUGUUUAGUGCCAGAAAAACCUAUUGAAAUCGCAGUGGAUGGCUUGAGGCAAGGGGCAACGAAAAAAAAGAAUAAAUCUUUCAACCUUUUAAUUAGCAGAAAAGAAAUCUUCAAAACUUUUUUAACAAUUUAUGAUAAGUUUUUAAAAGGUAAAUUAAUUCCACAACACCCGAAAAAGAUAACUUACUAUCAUUGCAAACAGUAUUCAUCAUCUUAUCAGAAUUUGUGGAGGGAAAAAUCCGCUGUUUUUUCGAAAUGGCCUACGAAACCGUUAUAUCUUCAGGAAUUACUAGUUUUUUAAUGCAACAAUCCUUAUAAUUAUGUAAAAAUGCAUAUAUUGUUUUCAAAUAAAAUAUUUACAAAAUU